AUGGCAAUGCGUCAGUUGCAUUCAGUAGAUGAUGUAAAUAUAGCGAUUGGAAGUACAAUGUGUAAGCUUGUUGUAAUAAGGUUUGGUGAUAGAGAUGAUCCGUUAUGUCUUUACACUGAUGAACUUCUUUCAAAGGCGUACUUUUCUAUCAGGAAUUAUGCAGAUGUGUACACUUGUGAGCGAAGCGAUGUUAAAGAGCUUGUUGGAGUGAUGGGGCUUAGCUCUGCACUUGGUAUCAUGUGUUUUUUCAACAAAAGACACGUAAAGAUAGAUUGUUCAAGUGGAGACAAUGACAAGAUAGAUUUUGCUGUUGGAGACGAGAAGGUAUUUGUUGAGUUGUUUACUCUUGCAUACAAAGCUGGUGUUAGGAAUAAAAGAUUUGUUAUAUCACCUUUCAGCCUUGAAGAGUUAAAAAGUGGAUUUUAA